AUGAGAUGUGCCAGUAUUCAACUAGGAAACAAGAAAAUCCUUGUCGAUUUCAAGUAUGAAAGGCUGCCCUCUGUUUGCUACUACUGUGGCCUCAUUGGACACACUGACAAAGCCUGUGACCAAAGAACCAAAGACAUCACCUCAGGAGUUCUCUCAGAAGGUCUCUUCGGUGAUUGGCUCAGAGCUCAAGACAAUCCAUCUCCUUCAACACAUUGUAACUGGAACGAGUCACCUGAGACACCUUCCAAGGACCUCAACAACAGUACUCAUCAACCUUCUAACACCAACAACACACUCUCCCAAUCACCAUCCAUCAAAACCUCCCAACCUAUCACCAAUAUACCUUUGUCUCCUACACAAUCAACUCCACACCAAACCACCAAUCCUCCAAUCCCUACCAAUACUCCCUCAGUUAUCACCCCAGAACCAUCAAACUACAUACAACACCCUGCUGAUCCCUCAACAGAUAUCACCAUCUUUCAUCCAUCAGAUAUGCAAAUUUCUCACCCGCCCACUAUCCAAAAUGCCAUAACUCCCAAACAAAUCACACCUCCUGUCACUGAAACUGAGACAUCUCACAACCAAAAACCGAUAAACAUCACCACCUCCCAAUCCUCCCCCGACAAUGAACAUAUACCCAACACUAAACUUCCAUUAUCACCCACUGCCAAAUCCCUCAAAACUUGGAAAAGAAAAACUCCAGCACCGCUUCAAAACCACUCUCCCAACUAUGGGCGCAAAACAGAGAAACAAAGCCCAAAUUCUGAAGCGAGGAAAAAGUGCAGAACAGAACAAGAACUGCCGAUGACUCUCACCAACCGUUAA